GACAUGCACAUUCGUGAUGUGUUGCCAACGAGAGUUGAGCCGACUCGUGCCGAGCGGACAAUUCGGCUGAAUUCGGCGUAUAAACCGAGAGGCGACCGAUAUUCGAUAAACCGAUAUUAGUGAUAGGCGCGGACGACUCGAGUCGCCGAUCGUGAAAGUUGCGUGAUUAUUUACUGCCUUUGUCAUUCCGCGAAAUACGUGUUCGUACUGUCGUAACAAUUGGGAAAGAUCGGAGCAUGCACGCGUCCCGGACGCGUAAACAGUAGAAAAGGAAGAAAUGUGAUGUUGGCAGUAUUUGUUGUUUUAUGCGAGACGGCGUGGAAUAGUGAUUAUCUCCGGUCACCAUCGCCUAUUGAUUUUUUCGCGUCACAUGCAUGUAUGUGUUUACAUAAAUAUCGUCAAGUAUUAUGCACGACACAAAUUCGAUAGGUAUUGCCACCGGUAUUUUUGUUUACAACAGAGAUUUUGAGAUUUGGUAGACUGUGAGAUGUGACAAGUUCCCUAAACCGGAGAAAGGGAACACGAAAUAAAAGGAUCGUGCAAGAGCUUACCCUAGAGCUUAUCCUAGAGGAUGGAAUGCAGACAACAUGGCAGAUGCAGAUCCACAGUUCAAACGCCUUCUGCUACCAGCGGAGGAAACUUUGUUUGAACAGUUGUUGAGAUUCGGCCUUUACUUGAGUGCAGUAUUUCAAAUUGUAUGCUUGCUGGCUAUAGUGAUAUAUCAGUCUGGUCCAUCCGAUAGUGUGGCAGCUUUGAAGGAUGAUCCAAGUGACGUAGAGUGUUCUGAAAACAGUCCUCAAGUAACACCAAGGAGGCCUCAUCGACCGCGUAAGCAAGAAAAGAAAAAGAGACGUUAAGACAGUCUUUAUUUAAUAGCCAAAUACAAUAAUACAUUCCAAUACAAUUAUGAAUAUGAUUAUGACUUGUACCUCGCAAUUUUAGCCUUCAGCACAAUUUUUUACUUGUUACGUAUCUGUAGAAAUGAUUUAUUAAAAACUUUUAUAGUAUA